AUGUCUGACAAUAUCGAAAAGCAAGAUACCGAAAAUAUGAGUGAAUCUAUUAACUGGAUUGAAGAAGCUAUCUUUAAAAAACAUUUAAAAUUUUACGAAUACAAAAAAUUUAGUAACUUUCAACAAAUUAGUGUUGGAAGUAUUGGAAAAGUAUACCGUGCAAAUUAUGAUAAAAAUUUAGAAAAACAAUUUGCAAUAAAAUCUUUUUUUAAUUUUAACAAUAUCACUCUGAAAGAAAUUAUUCGUGAGUUAAAAAUCCAACGUGUAAAUGAUCUUCGUGAUAAUAUUAUGUAUUGUUAUGGAAUAACAAAAUUCGAAUCAGAAAAUUAUGAUAAUUAUAAUUAUAUGUUGGUAAUGGAAUGUGCAGACGGUGGUAAUCUUCGAGACUAUUUGAAGAAUAACUUUGAUAAGCUUACUUGGAAUGAUAAAUGCCUUAUGGCAUUCCAGUUAGCUAGCGCCGUAUCAUGCUUGCAUAAUGAGGGAAUUGUCCAUCAUGAUCUGACAGGAAUUAGAACAUCAUCUAAUUGUCAAUCCAAAUUAUUUGAGAUGGUUCCUUAUGUUGAUCCAAAAACCUUUAACGGAGUAAACGGACAAAGAAAUGAUAAUAAUCAAACAACGCAAAUGUAUUCAUUAAAUGAAAAAAGUGAUGUUUACAGUUUUGGAAUAUUAUUAUGGGAAAUAUCAAGUGGGCGACCACCUUUUUAUGCUGAAGACGAUCGACAUAAUGUUAGUUUAAUUUUGGAAAUUUCAAAUGGUCUUAGAGAAACUAUUGUUCCUGACACACCUGAAGAAUAUGUAACAAUUUAUACUAAAUGUUGGGAUUGUAAACAAGAUAAUCGACCAACCAUAUAUCAAGUAAUUGAUUUGUUGAACGGAAUAAUAGAUCAACAAUUCCCAACCAAUCAAGAAUCGCAAGGAGAAUUAUCAAAACUAAUUCAUUAUUUCAACAAAAUAAAUAUAAUAGAAACUGAUCCUAUAGCAGUAUCAAAUGAACGAGAGAAAGCUUCAUUUGAAAAAGGUUUUGAUAUAAUAGUUGAUGAAAUAAAUGAUUAUUUAAUUAAAUUAGCAAAUAAAAGAAUUAAAUGGCAGUUUCUAAAGCAGAAAGCUAUGGAAUAUUUUAAUGAUCAAAAUAUUAAUUCACAAGAAAUUUACAAUUGGUUAAUAAGUAAUCAAAAUAAUUCAAAUUCUAUUUUUUUACUUGGAUAUUUUAAUUUUUAUGGAAUUGGAACAAGUAAAAAUAUGGAGAAAGCAUUUAAUUUACUUCUUGAUGCAUCAGAAAAAAAUCAUGAAUUUGCACAAUACUUUGCUGGUAGUUGUUAUUAUUAUGGAAGAGGAACUACAAAAAAUGAUAAAUUAGCUUUUGAAUAUUAUGAAAAAUCAGCCAAUAAUAAUUUCACACAUGGUCAAUUAGAUAUUGGUUAUUUUUAUAUAAACGGAAUAGCUGUUAAAAAAGAUUCAAAAAAAGCUUUUUAUUGGUAUGAAAAAGCUGCUAAUAAUGGAAAUAUAAUGGCUAUGUAUUAUCUUGGUAAUUGUUAUAAAAAUGGAAAUGAUGUUGAAAAAGAUUAUAAUAAAGCUUUUGAAUUUUUCAAAAAAUCGGCUGAAGGAGGAUACCCACGUGGAAUAAAUUUAUUAGGAUAUUGUUAUGAAAUAGGUAUUGGAACUAAAAUUGAUACACAAAAGGCGUUUAAAUUAUAUCAAAAAUCAGCAAAUUUAGGAUAUGUGACAGCACAAUAUAAUCUUGCUAGGAUAUAUGAAGAAGGUAAAGGGAUUACAAAAGAUAUAGUUAAAGCGAUUUAUUGGUAUGAAAAAUCUGCUAAACAAGGUUAUCAAUAUGCACAAAAUAAGUUAGAAGUACUUCAAAAUAAUCAAUAA